UAGCGUUUGUUGUGGGACUCAGAUGGUAUUUUGAUGCAGCAACAGGGUUUUCCUUUGUAGUUUUGUGGUCCUCGCUGUCCGCCCCUGCUGACUCACUAAUUCAGUGCAUCUUCCAGCAGAGUUGAUUGUGAGAUCGCAGGUCGAGAGGAUGACAGCUCAAGUGUACUGCUUGUUUAGUGCGGUUUUAUUGUGUAUGUCUGCUUGUUUGAGCACAACACACGCUGGAGUCCUAGUCUCCGGUCAGUGUCCGGCGAUGCUGACGGUCGUGCCGUCCCGUCGAGGAUGCACUUCUGAUAGAGACUGCUCUGGAGGACACAAAUGCUGUCAAUUUCCCUGUGGGCGCUCGUGUGUGCCGCCUGUUUUCACAAAGCCAGGAGAGUGUCCAAGCACAAAUUUUGGAGCAGAAACUUGUGCCGAGUUGUGUUACUAUGACAGUGACUGUCCGAACAAUGAGAAAUGCUGCAGCAAUGGAUGUGGACAUCAGUGUAUGGCUCCAUUUGCAGGUCAAGCCCAGUGUCAGGGUGUGUCUGACUACCAUAGAGGUACACCGUGCAGUGUCGGCUGCGGUCCAGGCUUGGACAACAGUCUGAAUUUCGGCUACAUGCCGUCCCACGUUGGCAAGGUUUGCUGCAUUCAUGCUGGACAUACAAGUGUUAAACAGAGUUCUGACGGCAGUGCGGCGGUGGUUGUGGCCACCUGGCUCCGCUAG